AUGGCUGCACGAGUAUCCGAUGAGGUCGUUCCCUCUCCCGAGGAAGUCUCGCCGGCCAGCCCGGCUUCCUCCAACGGCCAGAUUCCGUUAGAGCAACCACCGAAGCUCAAGGGUCGUCGAAAACUACUACAGAGUCUCCAGCGCAUGUCGUCUAGUCCGACGCUAGCCCGGCGGGGCCGGUCUGCGUCGACUGGCUACCGUCGAGACCAUACGGCUUCCUUAUCGUGUGUCUCGCUGUCUUCGGCGGCAUAUUCGCCCUGCUUGGGAAAUGGCAGUUCGUCCCAGCUUUACGGGAGCCUCAAUCCGCGCCCUGCCACCCCCGGCUGUUCUGGGUCUCCUGGUGAGUCCCAGGGCACGAAUCAUCGAAUCCGUCUGGUGGGAACCGAUUCCCCCAAUAUCUCCCAGCCACGCACGGCACCGAUGCCCUUCGAUUUAAGGCCCACAUCGCGCGGCUCGCCCCGCAGAGAAGUGCCAGAAGAUGACGAUGUAGUGGAUACAGACAUUACUCUCCCGGAGUCUCAGCCGGCCAAGUCUCUCGACUUCUGGGGCGACAUGCCCCAGGAACUCAAAACGGAGAUCUUCCAUUAUCUGACGCCACAAGAGAUUGUUCGUUGCUCGGCCGUAUCUAAAAAGUGGAAUGAAAUGUGCUACGACGGGCAAUUAUGGACCAAGGUCGACACUGCCGAGUACUAUCAGAAAAUCCCGAGCGAUGUUCUGGUGAAGCUCAUCACCUCCGGAGGACCCUUUGUGCGUGACCUUAACUUGAGAGGCUGCGUUCAGUUGCGAGAUAAAUGGUCCUCGGAUGGAGAGCGCAUCUCAGAUCUAUGUCGGAAUGUCGUCAACUUUUCACUCGAGGGAUGCCGCAUCGACAAGACAUCUAUCCACUAUUUUAUGCUCCGCAAUCCACGUUUGGAAUACAUCAACCUGUCAGGCUUGUCGAGUGUGACUAACUCGGCCAUGAAAAUUAUCGCCCAAUCCUGCCCACAACUUGAAACCUUGAAUAUUUCAUGGUGCAAUAACGUCGAUAAUAAAGGCUUGCAUCGGGUUGUCCAGUCGUGUGAGCGGCUGAAGGAUCUUCGUGCCAGUGAAAUCCGUGGCUUUGAUGAUCCAGAUUUUGCGUUGGCAUUGUUCGAGCGCAAUAGCUUGGAACGGUUGAUCAUGAGCCGCACCGACUUGAGCGACCAAAGCUUGAAGACAAUGAUCCACGGCGUCGACCCGAUCCUCGACGUGCUGACUGAUCGGCCCAUUGUGCCAUCUCGCAAAUUUCGACACUUGGAUCUUCAUCAAUGUCCGGCGGUAACAGAUGACGGCUUGAAAAGCCUGGCCCACAAUGUCCCGUAUCUGGAGGGUUUGCAGGUUUCCCAGUGCUCCGAGCUGACUGACGAGUCGAUCAUCGACGUCAUUCGCACGACGCCGAACCUCUCCCAUUUGGAAUUGGAAGAUCUUCCGGACCUGACAAAUGGUACCCUCAUCGCCCUGGCUACAGCACCGUGUGCUCAGCAACUUGAGCACCUGAACGUUAGCUACUGUGAAAGUCUUAGCGACAUCGGUAUGCUGCAGGUGAUGAAGGGUUGUCCUCGACUUCGAUCAGUCGAGAUGGACAACACCCGAGUUUCGGACCUCACACUCAUGGAGGCCAGCUAUCGUGUCCGGCGACGCGGAUACAGCGAAGCCCUGCCCAAAGUGGGAAUGCGACUCGUUGUGUUUGACUGCGCCAACGUCACCUGGGCUGGCGUCAAGGAAGUCCUGAUGAGCAACGCAUACAUCCCACGCGCUCGCAAGCCUGCUUCGACCGUUGUCACUGUGACACAGACCUCGGGUGCCGACUCGUCCCCCAUGACCACGACAUUUGUCACGCCUGCUUCCACUCCCUCGCCGUCUCCCACGUACGCGAGCCAGAUCAUCCAGCUCAAAUGCUUUUAUGGGUGGCAGAUGACCGUUGACGAGCAUACCAAGCGUGUUCUACGGGGUGAUCUGGCCUCGGCGAACCGGCUGGACCGGAAAUGGGGCGAUUACAUGAUGGCUACUGAGGAAGCCGGCGCCGUUGGUGCGGGUGCCCGUCGCCGGCGACGCCGAGCUCGCGAAGCGGAGCGACUCUACAACGCCGAUGAAGAUGACGACGAUACCUACGGCGUCAGUGGAAUCUCCGCCCUAGGUGGUAGACGCCGGCGUGCCCAGAGCGGUGGCUGCAUGGUGAUGUAA